GUCCGCAGCAAUGGUCCUUUUGACAAGCGAUGACCAUCGCUGGAAGCUGUUGGGCUUGGGCUCUGCGAGUCUACUGACGCUGUUGUACCUCCGAGAGCUGGCAAAGCAGCCAUGGGCUCCUGCAGCGGCUGAAUGGAAGAUUCUGCAGACCUUGUGGUGCGAAGGACUUCUGAAAGUCUUCUUUCCCACGCCUGAGGAUGGCACUUCGGAGCUGAGCCUCAUUCAACGCUUGCGGAGGGUGCAGGAGCUAAGAUCCAUGCUGGGACUGGAACGUUUCCAUCAGAUCGACGUGGCAAGACGGAGCGUUCUGGGCACUGGAUGGGGCAAGACCACAGGAACUCAUCACAUGCAGCAUCUGCCGACCUUGGUCUUCCGUGGCGAUGAUCAGCAGCUGGCGACGGAUGCCUUGAGACGUAGCCAGAGGCUCUUGGCGAAUCCCUCGGAAGCGCUGAAGUUGCAAGAAGAGUGGGAAAGGACGCCGAUCAUCAAAGAUUUGGUCUUGGUGGGUGGUGGCCACUCGCACGUCCAUGUGCUGCGGAUGUUGGGCAUGGAGCCCAUGCCUGGGGUUCGGGUGACCCUGGUCACCCGGGAUGUGGAGACGCCUUACAGUGGCAUGCUCCCUGGACACAUUGCUGGGAUGUAUACCCGCCGUGAGUGCCACUUAGAUCUCAAUAUCUUGGCGCGUUUCGCACGCGUGCGCCUCAUCCACGCAACUGUGGAAGCCAUCGACGUGGAGCAGAAACAGGUCCUUCUUUCCGGGGACCGGCCGCCCAUCCGCUACGAUGUGCUGUCCAUCAACAUCGGCUCGGCGCCCAAAGUGCAGGGCGAUGCCCAAAGCGCAAGUGGCAACGUGACGCCGGUGAAACCCAUCGAUGGCUUUGGCGCGCGAUGGGAUGCGCUGUUGGAACGUUUGCCUGAGUGGAAAGGCGAACGUCGGGUCCUGGUGGUGGGUGGUGGCGCAGGAGGAUUUGAACUGGCGAUGACCAUGCAUGCACGGCUCACCAAGGAGCUGCAAAAGCUCGGUGGUGCAACUGUGAAGGUUGGUCUGGUGACCCGCAGCGCUUUGCUGCCGCAGCACACCUUGGGCGCUCGGGCGUUGGCGGCCAAAGCCAUGCGAGACAAAGGUAUUGAGCUCUACAGUGGCUAUGAGGUCUCUCACGCCGAUGCAGGACAGUUGCACUGCACGGACGGUCGCACCUUGAGCUAUGACGAAUGUAUUUGGUGCACUGAAGGCUCACCACAAAGUUGGGUGAGCAGCAGCGGUUUGCGCACCGACGAGCAUGGCUUCCUACUGGUGGAUCAACACAUGCGUUGCCACAAGCUGACGCAUGAUGCUCCCAUCUUCGCUGGGGGUGAUAUCGCAUCAAUCGAUGGGCAUCCCAGACCCAAGGCUGGAGUCUUUGCUGUGAUGGCCGGGAUGACCCUGUGGCUGAACCUGCGGGCCACAUUGCGCGGGGAAAAGCUGGUGACCUAUUGGCCUCAGGUGUCGUUCCUGGGUCUGUUGAACCUGGGCGAUGGCAGUUGCAUCGCCUCCAAAGGAAGCCUGGCGAUGCAUGGCCAGUGGCUCUGGGAGCUGAAGGACUGGAUCGAUCGACGCUGGAUGUGGAACUACUCCGAAGGUCUUCCCGAGAUGCCCACGGUCGCCGGCAGCGCUGCCGCGCCCGGCAGUGCGGUGGCGCUGGCCGCGGGGCAGCGCGCCACAGCGCUGCUGCGGCAGAGGGCCAUGCGCUGCGGCGGCUGCGGGGCCAAGGUGGGUGCCAGCACGUUGGCGCAGGCGAUGCGUCGGGUGGAGUCCUUCAUUCCCAGGCAGCCUUUGAACAAGAAGGCGGAGGUGAUGCUCGGCGCUGGGGACGAUGCCGCGGUGGUGGACUUUCUGGAUGCUGGGCGCCGUUUCUCCACCGUGCAGACCAUUGAUGCCUGGCCGGUGCUGGCGGGUGGGGGUCGGCGGCCUCGGAUGGUGGUCAUCUAUGAACUAAUUAACUAA